AUGUCCCACUCCCCAUCAGCGGGCAUGUUGCCUUCUUCUGGCUCUGGACAUCUCAACUCGCCCAGCGCCCAGCUGGCCACCUUUUCACCAUUUCCGGAGGACGUGGGCUAUCUACCUGACUCAAGCCCCCUGAUAGCUCGUGCUCUUGACUAUCGAGCCAGGGAUCCAUUCAGAGGAUUCAGCCAGAUCACGCAGGCGGAACAGCAGGCCCUACAAUCUGACAGUACAGCCAUCGACCCUUUGACUGUUUCAGGCUUCUCGAGUCGUUCCAGUUAUCGAACAUUGUCGGAUAUUAACUAUGGCGCCCUACCGGGUGCAUCUGCUAGUUCUGUCCGCCAGGGGAGCUUGAUGAGCCCUAACUACUCCCCAGUCCAACUUCGAACCGUUGGAAGGGCUUCAGCUUCACGUGCACAUGGCCGCAGGUUUCUGGUUCAAAAUGUGUCUACUGACAUUGAAUGCCUGGACCUGCUCAGACAGCUUCCGAAGAAAAACUAUCCAACCAUGAUCGGGCCUCAGACCAUUGAGCUUAAUACGAAAGGUCGCUUCUGGAUUGGCUUUUUGGACAUCCGCGAGGCAAAGUACUUCGUUACCAUGGCUGAAUCCGGGUAUUACGGCUGGGAGGUCAUCCCCAUCACUUUAGAAGAGUUCAACCGAGAGACGCGGAUCCUACUCCCAAUGCCUCAAAACUUCGACGACUCCGUCUUGGUCACUCUUUAUUGCGGGAGCCGCUCUAAUGUGAAUCCCGCAAAUGUCGUGAAUAAGGUGAAACCGAUACUCGAUCUCGUUGGGGACGUGCACUCUAUCCAGGAAGUCCAUUUCGGUCAUCCCUCGCGAGGAGCUCGCCUGACGGUGCAUGAAUUAAUCGCCCGCUUUUUCAAUAACCACAAGGCGACGAACGCGGUCCGAAUUCUUAACUCUAUCAGAACUGGGGAUUUCAUUAUGGAAGUUAUCCCAUAUUAUCCCGAAUCAGACAAUCAGGCUCCUCGUCACUGGGCUUCGACUGGCAAGAAUCGACGUGAGACAGUGACACAGCCCGGAACCCCGCCACAUCGGCGGGCUUACCUGUCACCUGGUGGUGAUCCUGAUAGUUCACCGAUCCCUGUUCCGGAUCGGGGCCUGGCGCACAUUCAUGCAUUUAAUUCUGGUCAGAUUCAUUACGAAGACACCCGUACCACUAUGGAGUUGAAGAGGAUCCUUGAUACUACCAGCCUUCACCGCUACGAUUUCAUGUAUCUGCGCAUGGAUUUCGAACACAACCAGAAUGUCGGUUAUGCCUUCGUUAACUUUGCCUCCUUUAUCGAUGCCCGCGAUGGCCGUCACUGGCCUGGAUUCCACGUCCAUCAUGACAAAAUAGCGGAAAUGUCUUAUGCAACCGUGCAAGGCAAGGAUGCGCUCGUGGAAAAGUUCCGGAACAGCCCUGUGAUCCUCAAUGCUCCGGACAAUCGCCCGAAACUAUUCCACAUCGACGGUCCCUCCAUUGGCCAAGAAGCUACGUUUCCACCGGUCAAUAAUUUUUACAUCCUGGCCAAGGGUGUUGAUCGUAGCCAAAAAAAUGGCCUCUACCGCUCCGGUCCUCGGGUUGAUCCUCAAGUCGGAAACCGAUACUAUCUCUACCCAGAUGAUACUGAAGCUGCGCAGGGUGCUAUGCCUGACCGAGAUCAAGGAUCCCCCAUACGCGCAUCUCGAGGUGCCUUCGAGACCCGCGGGGCCUACACAACCCUACAGCGAUACGGCACAAACUGCCAUGAGCCCCGUUCAGAUUAA